UUGACACUGACUAUCGUGCGGCAGACGGGGGGGCUGGGCAUCAGCAUCGCAGGGGGCAAGGGCUCCACCCCCUAUAAGGGUGACGAUGAGGGUAUCUUUAUUUCCCGCGUAUCAGAAGAGGGUCCUGCAGCUCGUGCAGGGGUUCGCGUUGGGGACAAGCUUCUGGAGGUGAACGGUGUGUCCCUGCACUGUGCGGAGCAUCACGUGGCGGUGGAAGCUCUGCGUGGAUCAGGAAGCUCCGUCUCCAUGACGGUCCUGCGGGAGCGGAUGGUGGAGCCGGAGAACGCCAUCACUGUCACUCCACUGCGCCCUGAGGAUGACUACAGCCCUCGUGAGAGGCGAGGUGGUCUACGCUUCCCAGAGCGACCUGAGGGAACACCUCCCACAGAGAGAUAUUCCACCUGCCUCAUGCGCAAUGAGAAGGGCCUGGGCUUCAGCAUUGCUGGUGGCAAAGGCUCCACACCCUACCGGGCUGGUGACACGGGGAUCUUUAUCUCACGGAUUGCAGAGGGUGGUGCAGCCCAUCGGGACGGGAUCCUGCACGUAGGAGAUCGGGUCAUCUCGAUCAAUGGGGUAGACAUGACAGAAGCCAGGCAUGAUCAGGCAGUAGCGCUGCUUACCGCAUCCUCCCCCACCAUCGUGCUGCUGGUAGAGAGAGAGGGUGCAGAGCAGCUCAGCGAGGGAGACUCGCCUGGCGUGCCACGAGUGCGCAUGCACUCCCCACCACCACCCCCCAGCCAUGGGGAGAGCCCGCCGGAGGAGACGCCUUCGCUGCAGAGGAACCAUCUCUCUAAAGGCCUGGAGGAUCAGUAUCCCAUUGAGGAAAUUCACCUUGUGAAAGCAGGUGGUCCCCUGGGACUCAGCAUUGUAGGAGGCAGUGACCAUUCAAGCCAUCCAUUUGGGAUUCAUGAACCAGGUGUCUUCAUUUCAAAGGUCAUUCCCCGUGGACUGGCAUCUCGCAGUGGGCUCCGUGUAGGGGACAGGAUCCUGGAGGUAAAUAGCAUUGACCUGCGCCAUGCUACCCACCAGGAAGCAGUGAAUGCCCUGCUCUCCAACACUCAGGAGCUGACUAUGUUAGUAAGGCGAGAUCCACCACCACCUGGUAUGCAGGAAAUAUGCAUUGAAAAGGCUCCAGGAGAAAAGCUGGGCAUCAGCAUCCGGGGUGGAGCAAAAGGUCAUGCUGGAAAUCCAUUUGAUCCCACUGAUGAAGGCAUCUUCAUUUCUAAGGUGAGCUCCUCUGGGGCUGCAGCCCGGGAUGGCCGUCUGAAGGUGGGAAUGCGGAUCCUGGAGGUGAAUCAUCAGAGUUUGCUGGGAAUGACACAUACAGAAGCAGUACAGAUACUCCGAAGUGUGGGUGAUGCUCUCCUCGUGCUGGUGUGUGAUGGCUUUGAUCCCAAGGCUGCAGCUGCCAUUGAGAUGUCCCCAGGAAUUAUUGCAAACCCUUUUGCUGCUGGUAUUGGGCGCAAGAAUAGCCUGGAAAGUAUCUCUUCUAUCGAUCGGGAUUUAAGCCCUGAAGAACUGGAGAUCCUACAGAAGGAGAUGGAAAUGGUGAGAGAAGCAACUCAGUGGGAGAGAGAAGAAAUGGAGAAAGUGGAGUGGAUGCGUAGGGAGCGGGAGGCAGCCACACAGCAACUUGAGGAGGAGGCAGAGAAUGUCACCAGUGAACCUUUGAGACUGGACUAUCGGACCCUGGCUGCUUUGCCCAGCAGUGGCUUACAGAGAGUCAAUCGCACUCCUGUUCAGUAUAAUAAGGCCAGCUCCAGAGAGGAGGGUGACUGCACUAUGCUGUCCCUGCCAGUGGCACAGGACAGCCGGGAUUCAUACCCAGAAACAGCUGCAGGGGCGAUCAUCGGAAGCGUGGAUGCCCUUCCUCCGGACCCUGCAUCACCCGACAAGUGCACGAGCGGGGCAGAAAAACCCCAGCUAGACAAGCAGGAUCCCACGGGUUGCCCCUUGUCCCAGGACCAGAUGCCAGAGACGCCAGAACAAGAGUGUAUGAUCGACUCUCAGCCGAUCCUCUUCAGUGAGAACCCCUUUGUGGUGGCUAACCGCAGGGGGAGAGCAGCAGGCAAGGCUUGCCUGGGGGGCCCGCCCCUGGGCUAUGGCCGGGGGGGAGUGCUGAAGACCAACCUUUACUCCAAGGCUCCUGCGGGCGAGUCUGGGACAGGAAAUUCCAGACGCGAAACCCCCUAUUCUCCUAGUAAUCAGCAGAUGCCUGCAGCCCCUCGGCCUGCUCACCUCUCAGGCAGGGAGACCCGCUUUGCUUCCAUUAACUUCAUUACGUCACAAGACGACAGUAAAUCAACCAAGCCAGGCGUCAUUCAGCCUCUUUCCCGAGUGCGACAAAAUGCUGCCUCACAUAAUUCGGAGGACGGGGACAGCCCCAAUCCCUUCCAGCAACCUGAGCUGUGCUUCAAUGUCCAGAACUCU